AUGGUCACUGUGAGGAGAAGCCCAGAUGGGCGUGUCUUCUGCAUGGAAAAAGGGAGCCCCUCCCACACCACGUAAAUACAAGUCAAGUCUUCCAUAAGCUCUAGUAGAAAGAAGUUCAGGAAGAGCCCAAAGCGUUAUAAGAAAAAUGAGUUACCCAGGAUACCCCUCUCAGAUGGGUGGAUAUCCACCACAGCCUGGGGCGUACCCUCCCCAACCGGGGGCUUAUCCACCUCAGGCAGGUGGAUACCCACCACAGCCUGGAGCAUACCCACCUCAACCAUCUUACCCGCCUCAGCCUGGAGUUUACCCUCCUCAGAGUGGGGGUUAUCCUCCCCAACCUGGUGCUUACCCUCCACAGGCUGGAGGCUACCCGGCACAGCCUGGGGGUUAUCCACAAGCACCACCUCCAGGAAGUUGGGGAGGAGGCCCUGUAGGUGGAUAUCCAUCUAUUGGAAUGGACCAGCUAUCCAACCCUGGCUACAUGCCAGGAGGACCCAUGCCCCCAAACCAAGCGCCUGCUAUGGGAUACCCCGGCCAGCCCGCCCAGCCGAUGCCUGGAUACCCCAGGGCACCGUCACCCAAUCCAUCUAUGCCUGGUUAUGGCAUGGCCCCAGCACCGAUGCCAGGGUACCCAAGUGCCCCGUCUGCCAUUCCGUCCAUGCCAGCCUAUGGGGGAGGGGCCAUGCCAGUCGCUCCUGUAACUAAAGGAUUCAGGGGAACCAUCACUGACUUUCCUGGAGCAGAUCCUCUUAAAGAUGUGGAGGUUCUGAGGAAGGCCAUGAAGGGCUUUGGAACUGAUGAGCAAGCCAUAAUUGACUUGCUGGGGAGUCGGUCCAAUAAGCAGCGUGUACCAUUGCUCCGAGCCUACAAAACUUCAUACGGGAAGGACCUGAUCAAGGAUCUUCAUUCAGAAUUGUCCGGAGACUUUAGGAAGCUGGUCAUGGCCACGUUAAAGACCCCUGCUGAGUUUGAUGCGUCUGAAAUUCACAGUGCCAUUAAGGGAGCAGGUACUGAUGAGGCCUGUCUGAUAGAGAUCCUGUCCUCUCGCUCCAAUGCUGAAAUUAAAGAGAUAAGUCGGAUUUAUAAACAAGAGUAUAAAAAAACCUUGGAAGACUCAAUUAGUGGGGACACCUCAGGGCACUUUCGCAGGCUCUUGAUCUCUCUUGCUCAGGGAAACCGGGAUGAACGAGAGGCAGUUGAUGUCUCCCUUGCUAAACAGGACGCUCAGGCCCUGUAUGCUGCUGGAGAAAACAAACUGGGAACAGACGAGUCCAAAUUUAACGCUAUCUUAUGCGCAAGAAGCAAAGGUCAUCUCAGAGCAGUGUUUUAUGAAUACCAGCAGAUGUGUGGAAGGGACAUUGAGAAGAGUAUCAGCAGAGAGAUGUCUGGAGACCUUGAGAGUGGCAUGUUAGCAGUUGUGAAGUGCAUUAAGAACACUCCUGCCUACUUCGCUGAGAGACUUUAUAAAGCAAUGAAGGGAGCUGGGACUAAAGACAGAACCCUGAUCCGGAUCAUGGUUUCCCGCUCAGAGGUUGACCUGCUGGAUAUCCGGAAGGAAUUUCUCAAAAAUUAUGGCAAAUCUCUGUACACGGCAAUUUCUGGAGACACAUCAGGAGACUACAAGAAACUUCUGCUGAAGUUCUGCGGUGGCAGUGACUGAAAACCUCCAGAAAUGGAAUCGAUCGAUAUUCCUGGCUAUAGACAACCUGCAAACCUGCAUGCAUGCUAUUACAAUCCUUUUAAUGCAACGUUUACAAAGUUAUACAAAGACAGCACAUUAUUCAUUUUCUAUUUAUGUUUCAACUAAAGGUUUAUUUUUGUCUUUAUAGGUUUACUAAACGCUAAAUUUGAUUACAAGUGGCCAUUAAAUGGAUUUAAAAGCACUUCAAUUUAAAUUUCACAUAAUUUUUUUUAAUAUUUAGAAAAAAAAGUUACACAGAUGUGCCAUGGACUAUGAUUGUCAAUAAUGCUGGACGAAGAAUGUAAUGUAGGCUUAUAGCAGCUAAGUGCCAAAGUAACAUUGUGAAAUCUACUCAAUGAAAGUCGUGAUUGAAAAAAGGGGUCUAAUUUCGCAGUUUUUACAAAAAAUUAAGAAUAUGUUGCACUUUUUAUUCAGCCAAUGUGGGCGAUUAUUAAUCCAAAUCUUUGGAGAAAUUUGGAGGAGAACAUACAUGUUCAAACGUCUAAUUUAGAUGGAAGAAAAAUCUAAAUUCCCAAUUUACAUUUCUUUUAAAAACUACGUUUUAGUUUUCAUUUAAUGUUUUACUUUUUUUUUUUAUUCCCACUGCUAUUUUUGAUAAAUCAGCUUCAACCCCCAUCAUUUAUGUAACUUUCACUCCUCAAAACUCCACUCCAUGUUUGCAUUUACGCGUUUUGUUCAUUUCUUUUAAAGAGGAAACUCUCAUUAAGUCGCAACAUAUCUGUUACUUUUUAUCCUAAGCAUGUUUUGUGAUAUUUUCCUUCAAAAAGAUACAUUUUUAUGUGUAACAUUGUAUUUUUAUUUGCUACAUUUCUUUUUAAAUACCAUAUGCAUAAGUUAUGUGAAUUCCCUCACCAUAAUUCUGAUCAAAUUUCAACUUGGGAAGUCUGACAAUCAAUACUUAUGAGUGUUUUAAAUACCUCACAGUUUGUUCAAUCAAUAGAGACCGAGACCUGCUGCUGCUUCAGGAGCUCCACGCCUUAUUAAGUCCUGUUGGCUUCACUUUAAAAGCUGUUGACCAGCCCUGCCUGUAUAGAUGUAGUGAUGCACUUCACUGGCUGCAGCGGGGGAGUGUGAGUUAACUCUACAGUAAAUAACCUGGCAUAAGCCUCGGGGAAUUGAUAGCAGUCAUAAAGCGGGCCACAUUAAAUAAGUCUGCAAAGCCAGGCUGAAAGGCUUUUUUUAUGUCAUGUCUUGUUAAAUUGGCUAGAAAUGCCCCAAAAAUUUGAUUUGUUUUCAGAAAAAUGUUAUACGAUGGUUUCAAAGGCUUCGAUAUAUUCUUGUCAACACUUUACUAUUAUUUUCCUGUUUGCAAAAAUUGAACAUGCUGUUUAUUAAAAUGCCAAAUUGAAAGCUAUUUUUACUGUUUUUGUGAUGAAAAUGUGUUUAGUUUUGCUGAAAGGUUAUGGCUCGCUUAUAUAUGUACUCAAAAAGAAGUAUGGAUAUCUGUCUUCUUGAACGCAUGUUUUCUUUUGAGACUUUCUAACAAUGUUUUUAUGCUAUCUGCCAAACGGAAUAUCUAGUUUUACUGGGAAAACGUGCAAAAACUCAUGUCAAAAGUGAAUGUAAACCAAACCGACUGUCUUGCCUCUAAUGUUUCAGACACUGUUAGUUGAGUCUAUUCAGACUGGCAGCAGAAAUAAAGCCAUAAAAAUCUUCCGUUCGAGACCAUAGGCCAAGUGUAAAUGAUGUAUAUCUGCGCUGACACUCUCUUCAAUAAAAGAUAGGGCUAAUA